UUUAGCUAACGCACCUGUGUGACAAAUGGCGUGGGGAAUUCACCUGUUGUAGGCAGUUUUAAAGGGAACUAUUUGAUGGAUUAUUUUAAUAUAUGAACACGAUUUGGGAUCACUUGGCGUCACAAUUGCACUUGUUUGAAUAAGGAUUUUAUUUAUUUAUUUAUGCUCUGGAUGCGAAGUGAAACUUGGGGAAACUGCUAACGCAUUUGAAAAGAUCCAAGGUUAAUUUGACUUUUCAAAAUGGAUAAACCAGACCUUCGAAGGCUUUUUUCUGCCUGUGAUGUAAACAGAUCUGGGCGAAUCGAGUUAGAAGAUUUCGCCGUAGUUUGCCGGGAGCUCAAUGUUCCCACCGAGGACAUGAGAACUUUAUUCAACAAAUUCGACUCGGACGCGGAUGGGAGUAUCAAUUUCACCGACUUUUCUUCACGGUUUCAAGAAGUUUCGGAGACCCUUAACCUGGCCUCACUUGAGGGUUCUCUGCCAGGUCAGGUCAGCCCUUGGGAUCAAUUCGAGAAUUCAUUGGAUGGCGACAUCGUUUACUUUUUGGGAAGGUUACGAGAUCCACUCAGUGAGUUGUACCUACAGAUCAAUGCUUCCUCUGACGUCCAGUUACUACAGCAGUAUGAAGAACUCAUCCAGGGUCUGGUCAACGAGAGUCGAGAGCAACGUCUGGAGAAUGAGCAGCUUGAAACCAGCCUGAGGCGGACAGAGGAGAUGAACACAAGCCAACUGGCCGAACUCGAGGAUGACGUGCAGGCGCAGAUUCGUCGAACUGAGGAGAGGGUCAGGGAGGAGGAACAGAGGAAAAUGGAAGGAGCUGUUGCAGCGAUGCAGAGGAGGCAUGACAACGAAGUGGCCGACCUACAAACAGCUGUGGACUCUCUCUCAAGGCAAUAUCAAGAGGAGCUGGAAUUGAAUAACUCAAGGGAAGAUGUAGACAAACUGAGAAACCAGCUCAAUGAAAUGGCACAGGAGAAGGAGCAGCUGAGGAGUUGCCUUGUGAAGGCGCAGACAAACAUCUCCAUCCUUCAGGUGGAGUUGGACAAGCUAAAGAACUCUUACACAGACCAACAGCUUCAGCAUGAGAGGGAAACCAAUGAACUGAAGAGGGUGGCGCUAGAGUACCAGUCAUACACAAAUCACAUCGACAUCCUCCAGGAAAUGAAUAAGAAGUUAUACGACAGCAACGAUGGACUACGCUCUGCCCUGGUCAAUGAUGCCGCCUCUAACAAAAGAAGUCUUUCACCAAAGCUUGAUGACCUUUCCCGAAAGACGAAGCCCAUUCGCCAGAGCACAUUAAACCAUAACAGUUUUGCCAGUGAAGAGGAGCAAAUGGCCGCAAUGGAUUCCUCUCAGCCACGGUAUGCGCACGUGGCGAGCUGGGCCCAGAAAUACCUGGACAGUGGAGUGGCCAUGUCCAUGGACGUGGAUGACUCGGGCAGUGACUAUGACAGCGACGAGAGCAGAGACUCCAUAGAAACAGUUCACCACAGUUAUUCCUACGCUCCGUCUGAGCUGGAAAUGGCCGAGACAAAGUCUGAGGUAGAGGGGUCUGUGGCAGCCAGUCGAGUGAGUUCAAUUGCAUCCUCCAUCAGAAGACGUUUGUCUGCUUUCCCUAAGCAGCCACUGGACACAAGCCUGCUGGAAUCUGAUGGCCCAGCCCCCAUGUACAAGCUGGUUCUGGCAGGAGAUGCUGGGUCGGGCAAAUCAAGCUUCCUACUGCGACUGAGUCUCAAUGAAUUUAAGGGUGAUAUUCCGACCACAUUGGGGGUAGACUUCCAGAUUAAGAAGAUGCUGGUGGAUGGCGAGAAUACCACCCUGCAGAUAUGGGACACAGCAGGACAAGAAAGGUUCAGGAGCAUUGCCCGGUCUUACUUCCGCAAAGCCCACGGUGUACUGCUCCUGUAUGACGUGACCUCGGAGAGCAGCUUCCUCAAUGUCAGGGAUUGGAUGGAGCAGAUUCAGGAGUCCACAGAGGAGAGCAUCCCCAUGUGUGUGAUUGGAAACAAGGUGGACCUGCGUGAGCAAAGGCCUGAAGGAAGCUGUGUUAGCACAGCACACGGAGAGAAACUCGCUAUGACCUACAACGCCCUAUUCUGUGAGACCAGUGCCAAGGAAGGAACCAACGUUGUGGAGGCAGUCCUCCAUUUGGCCAGAGAUGUUAAGAAACACGUUAAAGUAAAAGGAGAGUCAGAGGACUUCAUCAAGCUGAGUCAAACGGGUCGAAAGAAGACAUUCGGCAACUGCUGCAAUGCAGCACAGUAGACAUGCAGUGUGCAGUGCCAUAACCUUUUCAUAUUGAUGGACAGAUUUAUCAUGGAGUUUCCAACAAUGUUGUAAAAGGCAUAGUGUAGGCACAUGCAUUGUUAUUUUGGAGCUAUCCACAACUUUGUAUAUUUUUAACUAUAGGGGUACAGAGUAGAGAUCAUAAUUUAUAUUUUGCUAAUCAUUUCAGUUUUAUGUGCAAUACGGCUUCCUGCAUCGAUAGCAUUUUAUGUAAAGUCUGCAUGACUCAAAACAAGCAGUUAAUGCAUUUUUAGCUAAAUAGUUCUGGUAGUGCUUACUGUUCAAAACUACUGAUUUUAUGUACACGAACAAAAACAAACUGAUAUUGUGCUGAUUUUCAUGCAGCAAUUAACAUGUUUCUUAAGAAACCAUUGUAAAGAUUAGUCUCAGGACUGAGGUUACUGUAUGUAGAUUUUUUAAAUCAGUUGUACACAAUAAAUGUUCCAAAUUUAAA